AUGGUCCAAGAAGGCCUAAGAACUGUUUCCUACUGCAUUUCAAUGUACAUUUUAGGUCUUAAUUGGAAGCUAACUGCGCUUCCCAUGGUUUCCUUCUCCAACAGAUUGGGAAACAGAAUGCCAUUUGAUGGAGCCAGUGAACCUGACCAUGCCCACGGGUCAUUAAAGUCUGAAUCAGACAUUUUGCAGAACACACUACCUGAAAAUGAGAAAUUCUAUUUUGAUCUCUCCAGAAUUAUUGAUAGAAAUGCAAGGCAUGCUGAUGGAAUUUUCACCAGUGUCUACAGCCAUCUUUUGGCUAAACUUGCUGUGAAGAGAUAUCUGCAUUCGCUUAUUAGAAAACGAGUUAGUUCCCAGGACAGUCCCGUCAAACGCCACUCUGAUGCUGUCUUCACUGACAACUACAGCCGCUUUCGAAAGCAAAUGGCUGUGAAGAAAUACUUAAACUCAGUUUUAACUGGAAAAAGAAGCCAGGAAGAGCUAAACCCUGCCAAACUUCGAGAUGAAGCAGAACUUCUUGAACCUUCCUUUUCAGAAAACUAUGAUUCUGUAGAUGAGCUGCUGAGCCACAUCCCAUUGGGCCUCUGAAGGACACCUGGUAAAGUCUAUGACAAGAACAAGUUAUUUUUGAGUUCCACAUAGUAUUUCAAAGAGAUGACUUUAGUCAUCAAACCAGAACAAAUAUGUUGUGAAGUGAAAGUUGUGAUAUAUUUGUUUCUUAUGUAAUAAAAGUUGAUAUUUACAUUGUAAAUAUUACUCUAGAGUUCUCUACUGAAAGCUGUACAUAUGGAUGCCAGUUUAACUCAUGAGAAGUCUGUGAGUCCAUAUGCUGUAAAUCCUUUACUUCAAUAAAUUCAUU